AAUUGGAGCUCAAUCGAAUCCCUUGCGCCACGCUAUGUCCCUCCCUGGAUCUGGUAGACAGAUAUUAACCUUGGUCUGUGCCAUGCUUACUCUGUAGUCUGUUAAGUUCUUUACUCUGAUCUAGGGCAGAAUUUAGAACUCGGAGAAAUCAUGGUUUGGUGAUGCUGGUGUGCUUGGUACGACCAGUCAUGUUAGUACUCAUGUUGGAAGGUGCAGAUUUGUUUUCGUAUUGUAUUUGACCAAGGAGAUCAGGCCUAACCAUGGGGGCGCCAAAACAAAGGUGGACUUCUGAGGAAGAAGCUGCUCUUAGAGCUGGAAUAGCAAAGCAUGGAGUUGGAAAAUGGCGCACAAUAUUGAAAGAUCCUGAAUUUAGUUCCACCUUGCGCUACCGCUCAAAUGUUGACCUAAAGGACAAGUGGCGCAACAUGAAUGUAAUUGUAAGUGCAUCGGGUUCUCGUGAUAAGGGAAAAACUUCUAUGAAGAAGUUCCGAGGUACUCCUAAAAAUAGUUAUCACAUCAUGGCAGCCAGCACAGUUACUUCUGAUAUCGAUGAUGAGAUUGUUGAUGAAAAGUCUAUAGCAUCAGUGUUUAGUGAAGCAUGGAAUACUACAAAUCUGAAGAAAUCUCACUCAAGCAGGCUAGACAAUAUUAUAAUGGAGGCUAUAAAGACCUUGAAUGAGCCUACGGGAUCACACAGAACUACUAUUUGUAGUUACAUAGAGGAGCAAUAUUGGCCGCCUAGUGAUUUUGAUCACUUAUUGUCUGCAAAACUGAAGGACUUGGCUACCAGUGGGAAAUUGAUAAAGGUGAAUCGGAAGUACAGGAUAGCACCUAGUUCACCGUACUCAGAGGGCCGAAGCCCCAAAAUGUUUUUGUUGGAAGACGUGCAGAGAGAGCCCUUCAAAGUAGGGAGUGAUGAUGGUAAAACUCUUACGAGAUCUCAAGUUGAUGCUGAAUUGGCACGUAUGGCAACCAUGACUGCUGAGGAAGCUGCAGCGGCUGCUGCUCGUGCAGUUGCAGAGGCAGAGGCUAUCAUGGCAGAAGCUGAAGCAGCAGCGAGAGAAGCAGAGGCUGCAGAAGCAGAUGCCCAAGCUGCACAAGCCUUUGCUGAAACAGCUGCAAAUUGAUGGCCCCAGCUUGAUGUUACUCGGAGCUGUUCCAGUCCAGCGUCGCUGCUGAUCUACAUGUUUACUGUUGUUCAGUUAAACGCAGCUGUCUCAGUAGCUGUACUAUCAACUUAUGUUACUGGAGCCAUGUGAACCCAAGGCACAGCAACAACAAUACCAGCUUUAGUAUUUCCCCUUGCAAAUGCAACACCAUUUCAGAACUCAGUGGCUUACCCUGCCCCCACCGUUGCCUUAAACAUGCUAGACUCUUUGUCAAUGUCAACUUGUCAAACAUUUCAUGUGUAUCAGCAGCCUUUAAUUUGCAUGGCUGACACGGUCUGCCAACAGCCAGACCGGGCGCUGAAACGUCGGUCCAGUGAUGAUGAUCCUUGCAUAUCCUCCACUUGAUGGACCUGGAGUUCAUGGUGCGGUGGUGGAGCCAAGCAGCCAGCCAUCCUGUCCAAGUGAGAUUCAUCUGCCUUGCAGGUGGUAGAUUCAUGCAGGCUGGAGCUGGAAUGGGGAUCCCCAGUCCCAUCUACCAUGUUCCUUCCAGCUGGGUGUAAUCCUGGGCACGCUUUUUAUGUGGCCUCAGACAGCUUGCAUGGUAGUAUCUGCUCGGCAUGUGAUGCCCCUCUUUCUGGUGCCAAGUGAUGCCCCUACUAUAGUUUCAUUUCAUGCAGGCAUUCGUUGGAACAGAAUUUGUACGUUCCAGCCUUCCCGGCGAUCUCUCCUGUCUUUCAUGUGGUUCGUUCUCGUGUCGCGAUGCUGUGGAACUGUCCCGUCUCGUAGUCGUAUGCACCAAUGCAUGGCUUGUAGUGGCCGACUGCUACAGCAGAGGACUAUGCGGAAUUUGGCUUGUAUUUACGUGGCUGCCGAAUUGUAUAUUCUUUGUCUGGUUGGCCGUCCAAUUGUCACCAUCUGUUCUCCACGUGCAGAUU